AAUUUGUUUCCCUCGAUGUCAGCUGAGGGCGACAGAGGGAAGUGUUCCCCUUCCCGGUUCUCAAGAUUUUCCUCAGUCCACAAUAAACUUUCAUUUUGGGAAGUCGACACACACACACACAUACAUACAUACACACGCACAACAGAGGUCGUCAUCUUGUCCUGCAACGGUUCCCCGCGAAAGAAAGCUGGACUAGACUUGACGUUCAUUGUACUUUACAAAACGCGCGAAAGGAAGAAGGAAAAACAUAGGAAGCGCACAGGUGGAGCUCUACGGAGCGUUUUUUUUUUUUUUUUUUUUUUUUAAAUUUGGUGUCAUCUUCUGGAAGGAGACUACAGGGACAAGAAGAGACACGAAAAAUGUCAGAAAGCAGCCUUUUCACUGCUGGAUAAUCCCAAAGUGUUUGAUUUGUUGUUUUGCCAUUUUGCUUCCUGGCACGUUCACUCCUCGCGCGACCCUCAAAGAACACCUGGAAUGGAAAAACUUUAUCUCUGCCUCGUCUGGACUGUAGUAAAAACUCCCAAGAAAGAAUGAAGUAACCGCUAUGGAGCCGGACAAUGCCCCGUACUCCAAACUCAAAACCACUGGAGUCGGGGGGAGAGUUCUGAUUCUUUGGACUAUACUCUGUUGCACCUGCUCUCUAAGGCUAGCACAAGCACAAGAUGUGGAUGUUCUGCACCAGCUUGGGCUUUCUGGGCGAAGGGCAGGCGGGUCGUCAUCUUCAGGUGCUCGAUCCUUCCCUAAUGGCGUCAUCCCCUUCAAGUCUGGAGUUAUCCUCACCCCGAGGGCACGUAUCCAGGUGCCUCUGCGCACUGUUAUCCCUACUACCUACACCUCCAUCAAUCUCUCCUUGAUCCUCAGCCUGUCUGUUCAUCGCAUCAACAGCGCUUUUCUUUUCUCGGUUCUAUCUAAGAAAAGGAAAGUGCAGCUCGGAGUGCAGUUCGUACCCGGGAAGGUCCUGGUACACGUGGGGCCGAGGAGCUCUGUGAGUUUCGACUAUGAUGUCCACGAUGGCCAGUGGCAUAGUCUGGCCUUGGAUAUCCAAGGCCACCAGGUGUUCUUACACACUUCUUGUGGAAAGAGAAGCAUACAUGCGGAUUUGCAUUCUAAAAAAGAGGAGGCUCUGGAUGCAGAGGGCUCUUUCCUGCUGGGCAAAAUGAACCACAACUCGGUGCCGUUUGAAGGUGCCAUCUGUCAGUUUGACAUUUAUCCCUCUGCUAAGGCAGCUCAUAACUAUUGUGAUUACAUUAAGAAACAUUGCAGAGAAGCCGACACGUAUCGGCCCGUGUUUCCACCCCUGCUACCUCUAUUUUCCACAGACUCAAACAUUACUGUCACUCAUAUAACUCCACCGUCACUGACGGAGAUAUUCAAAAAGGCCCAGAGACCUACUCUGGCCUUGACCGAGGAAAGCACCAGGACUACGAUUCUUGUUCCAACUGACCGCUCGCUGAUGCUGAACAAAACAUCUGUGUAUCACACUCUGAGCACUCCAAAUCCUGGUGCUGUGUCUGUUUCUCCACCGGUUCAUCCAGGGUUGGAAAGCCCGUUUAAAUUUCCGACUCAAACUGCUACUACAUCUCUUAGGAUCAGCGUGACACAACCAAACCCCAAACCAACUUCAAAUGGCAGUGCUGGAAAGAACACAAAGCAAGAAGAUACUAAUUCUCAGAAACCUUGUGGCGAAAGUAUGGAUUUACCUGCUUCCACCAGACCAUCUGAGAUGAAGCCGAACCUCCAGACCACAGCUGCUUUCACACAGGGGUCCCCUUCAAACGCCUACCUUCCCCAUAAAAAGCAGUUGACCACAGUAGCUUCAAAGAAACCUGAGCCAAAAGUGACCAGUGUGCAGGAUGUCAAACCCACCUCGUUUAUUCCAGUCACUCCAGCUGCAACAGAUGGCUUCCAAACAUUUGACCUGGAACCGACGCAGUUCUCGCUGCUGGCUGGGCCACCUGGACUAAAGGGAGAACCAGGACCGCCGGGCCUUCAAGGACUUCCAGGGUUGCCAGGAAAGCCAGGGAAGAGGGGCCCACGGGGUCCUCCCGGCCCACAUGGAAACCCUGGUCGCCCUGGGCCUCCUGGAGUCAAGGGACAAAAAGGAGAUCAUGGACUGUCCCCUGGUCAAGCCUCAAAAGGACAAAAAGGAGAGCCUGGUAUCAUGGGCCCCCCUGGACUGCCUGGACAAGAUGGACGAAAGGGACAAAAAGGUCAUCCUGGUCCUUCUGGUCUCCCAGGUGAACCUGGUGAACGGGGAGAUGAUGGAAGCCCUGGGGCCAAAGGCUAUCCUGGCAGGCAGGGUUUACCCGGGCCUGUAGGGAAAAUGGGGCCAAAAGGAGUCAGGGGUCACAUUGGCAUCCCUGGGCUUUUUGGCCUUCCUGGUCCUGAUGGCGAGAGAGGAAUUCCUGGCAUUCAUGGGAAGAAGGGCAAGAUGGGUAGGCCGGGGUUUCCUGGUGACUUUGGAGAGAGGGGACCUCCUGGCCCUGAUGGGAACCCAGGUGAACUGGGAGCUCCUGGCCCAUGUGGAGUCCCUGGUCUUAUUGGAGACAUGGGCCCUGUUGGCAUUAUGGGCUUACCAGGACCACCAGGGCUCAAGGGAAUACCUGGAAACCCAGGAGAGCCAGGACUGAAAGGUGAUAAGGGGGAUGUUGGCAUAUCAGGAGAGCCAGGGGAGUGUGGAUUCCAAGGGGACAAGGGUAUCCGUGGCUCAUCUGGGUUGCCGGGUCCUCGUGGAAAACCUGGACCACAGGGCAAACCUGGUGAAAAGGGCCCUGAUGGUUUACCUGGCCCUCCUGGCCCAGAGGGCUUUCCAGGUGACAUUGGCCCACCAGGACAAAAUGGCCCUGAAGGACCCAAGGGAAAGCAAGGGACAAGAGGAUUGCCAGGUCCAAGAGGAACACCUGGACUUCAGGGUGAUGAGGGACCAGUUGGGCCAGCUGGACCUGCUGGACUCGAGGGCAGGCCUGGGAGGCAGGGAUUCCCUGGACUGACAGGCCCAGAUGGACUCAAGGGCGAGACCGGGAUAACUGGCGAGGUCGGAAAGCUUGGCGAGAGGGGACUGCCUGGUUUUGUCGGGCCUGUCGGAGAGACGGGCAUCGCCGGAGAAAAGGGGGAUCGAGGGAAAACAGGAGCCCCCGGGCCGCCGGGUGAACCGGGGCCGAUGGGUCACACUGGAAUACCAGGAGAGACGGGGCCACCUGGACCGGAAGGGAUCCCAGGGCCUCCUGGUUCACGGGGAUCCAUCGGCAUCAGAGGACCCAAAGGCAGGAGGGGUCUGAGGGGUCCUGAUGGCCCAGUGGGGGAGAAAGGGUCCACUGGAGUGAAGGGCCAUGAUGGUCCACCAGGAAAAUUGGGCCUCCCCGGGGAGAUGGGAAAGUUUGGCGAACCUGGUGAAACUGGGCCUAAGGGAUUUCCAGGUGUUCAAGGACCUUCGGGACCUCCAGGAGCCAAAGGAAUUGCAGGAGAGCCAGGACCAGCAGGGCCACCAGGAACGAUUGGGCCACUGGGGGAAAUGGGACAGAGGGGGCCGCCGGGGAACCCUGGAGAGAGAGGACUGCCUGGUGAACGCGGAGAGAAGGGUGCCUUUGGUCUACCUGGCAACAUCGGGGAGCAGGGUUUGAUUGGCCAGAGAGGUGAGCCAGGCAUUGAAGGGGAUGCUGGAACAAGUGGACCUGAUGGAGCCAAGGGUGAAAAGGGGGAUGCUGGUCCAGAGGGCACUACAGGAGAAAGGGGUGAAAUCGGUCUGAAAGGAAAGGAAGGACCCCCUGGGCCUCCUGGACUGGUGGGGGUAAGGGGUCAGGAGGGUAAACCUGGCAAAAUUGGUGAAAGAGGAAAACCAGGAGAAAAGGGGAGCAAGGGUUACCAAGGUCACCUGGGUGAGACCGGGCCAGUCAGUGAGCAGGGAGAGAUGGGGUUUGUCGGACAGAAGGGAGUGAGAGGAACCAUCGGGCCAGUGGGUGCUCCAGGGAGAAUGGGCCAACAAGGAGAUCCAGGCAUAUCGGGUUAUGAGGGUCACAUGGGACCGCAGGGCCCCCUGGGACCUCCAGGGCCAAAAGGUGAAAAGGGUGAACAGGGAGACGACAGCAAGGCAGAAGGUCCUCCAGGUCCCCAAGGUGACAGAGGUGCUCCUGGAGACAGAGGAGAGAGAGGAGAGCCAGGUGACCCCGGACACAUUGGUCAAAUAGGUGUUGAUGGAAAGAGAGGUGAAGCUGGUGCCCCAGGGCUUCCUGGACAUUCGGGGCCAAAGGGACAACCAGGGCUGAAAGGAUCCAAAGGUGAUCAAGGUCAGAAAGGAAAAUCAGGGGCGAGAGGCGCAUCUGGGACCAAAGGACCACCAGGUUUAGAGGGUCCUCCUGGCCCACGGGGAGUUGUGGGCAGGGAGGGACUUGAGGGCCCGCCUGGCAUGGAUGGACUGCCUGGUAAAGAUGGAAGUAAAGGAGUCAAGGGGGAGCAAGGAGAAGAUGGAGAAGUGGGCUUACCUGGCAAACCUGGGCAGCAGGGUAAAACUGGAGUGACAGGGCUUCCCGGAAGUCAAGGCUCCUUUGGACCAAAGGGUGAGAGGGGUCUUCCAGGCCAAACUGGUGCAUCAGGAAAAAGAGGCUCAAUUGGCGGGAUGGGAUUGCCAGGAAAACAAGGAGACCCCGGACCUAAAGGGCAACCAGGGGACAGUGGUGAACAAGGAUUUCCAGGGGUGUUGGGUCUGUUUGGACCAAAGGGACCCCCAGGAGACUUUGGCUCAGCAGGGAUACAGGGACCGAAAGGACCACGUGGUUUGAUGGGUAUGGAGGGAGCUUUGGGCCCCAUUGGCAUCAUUGGCCCCAGCGGUCAUCCUGGACCCCAGGGUGACAAAGGAAGUCGGGGGGAGACGGGGUUGCAAGGACCAAGGGGCUCUCCUGGCCCUCGUGGACCACCUGGACCACCAGGUCUUCCCAGUUCUGCCCUCUCACUUAGAAAUGAGGCUCUUGGUGCUGCCUUUCCAGUCAUCGAUUCCCAUGCUGCACUGAGGUCAGAGCAGAAUUAUCAGAGCAUGGACCUGCCCAUGUUAGACCAGAGUACAGACAUCUUCAAGACCUUGCAGCAUCUCAGCACUCUGAUCCAGAGUCUUAAGAACCCGCUUGGAACCCGUGACAACCCUGCACGAAUCUGCCGAGACCUCUACAACUGUGAACAGAGGAUGUACGAUGGAACUUACUGGAUCGACCCAAACCUCGGCUGCGCUGCUGACACUAUUGAGGUGACGUGCAACUUCACUGGUGGAGGACAGACUUGCCUGAAACCGAUCACAGUAUCCAAGUUGGAGAUAGGAGUGGGUCGUAUCCAGAUGAACUUCGUCCACCUUUUGAGCAGUGAGGCAGUGCAGCACAUCACCAUCCACUGCCUUAACACACCUGUGUGGGCAGCAGGACCCUCCCUGCAACCUUCACGGAGGGCGGUGAGCUUCAAGGCCUGGACAGGGGAGAAGAUUCAGGCAGGCGACCUCCUGGAGCCGCUCAUACCAAGAGACGACUGCUGGAUUAAAGAUGGCCGUUGGCGUCAGGCCCACUUCAUCUUCCAGACCCAGGACCCAAACUUACUCCCCAUAGUGGAUCUGUACAACCUACCGACCACAGAACCUGGCGCACGCUAUCACCUCGAGGUUGGACCCGUGUGCUUCUUAUAGGGCCUUGUGGAGGGGCCGGGAAUAUUCCUGAAAGGAGUGACUGUGGGGAGAGACUAAUAAUGCUUCUGUGGUUUCCAGAACAACAGACCCCCCAUUUUCUCUCCACAAAAUAUGCUUGGACUGCAGAAACAGGAGGGGGCACCAAAGAAAGAAGGCCCACUGAAAAUGCAGAGAUAAGACUUUUAGCACUAAUCAGCCUAUGGAAAACAACAAUAAGCUUCUUUUUCAGAGACUUGUUUGUGUGAAACAAGACCUGAAGGCCCCUUUUGGAAGGAAGUAAUAUGAACGUCUCAUUCUGUUAACUCUCUGACCAUGUUGUAUCAUAUUUUCUUCACGGUCUGAUACCCGAUUUUGCAAAAACCUAAAAUAUAUUUCAAAAGAGAUCUGUACAGAAAUAUGGAACAGUUACAUCUGCAAAUGCAAUUAUUGCAAUGAUUCCUAUUUUAAUGUUUUAAGUAUUAUUUAUACAUGUAUAUGUACUGUAUAUUGUAAUAUAAAGUGCAAUAGUUAUUGUUCCACAGCCUUUAGGCAUAUACAGUAUCAACAUCAAAACACUCAUUCAGGUAUACAGUGUGCCUCAGACACACAGACAUACUGUCUCCAGGUAAGUCUUUUUGAGCCUCAAAUAACUGUCCUGUGCUGAGAGCCCCCAUGUUUAUACAGAGAUCUUCACACAAGAAACUGCUGUGUGGUAUGUUCCAUGUUUAAAGUGGACCGAAGCUUUCCACAGUGAGAACUGAGAAAAGUGUGUCAAGAUGCUACCUCGUACUGCACCUCUCAUCUCACAGCCGUUACCUGAUAAAAUCUGGGAUGACAGAGGUGACACCUGGUGCUGAAACAGUUGACACUUAUGAUAAACUCUCGUCAGCUCUCAGCAAAGCAAUGUCUGUGCUUUACGAAAAAGGGAAGAUUGUAAAAUAUACACGCAGGCCAAAUUCAUUAAAUUAUAUUUUCAAGGUAGUAUUUUAACGUUUUCAAUACUCUCUGAUAUUGAGUCUGACACUAUAAGUUAAGUUUUUUUUUUUUUAUCUCGUAAAUGUCUAUAAUUAUGCAACCUUUAUUAUCUACAGUGGAUUCUAUUUAAUUUUUAUUUAAAUUCUGUUUAGCUUUCCAGUUCAAAACCAGGCAUCAACAUCACGUUUUAUCACAUUUUUGGUCAUUUGGAGCUUUAAGGAUUCUACAGUCUGUAUGUGUUUUUUUUUUUUUGUUAAACUGUCCAAAACAAUCAGCUGUAUUUUAGGACAUUAUCUUUUUUUUUUCCUUUUUUUUAAACUGUUCAUGCAUUUGUCACUCAAAGUUGCAGCAAUAAUGGUUGGUCCCGCCAAUCUAUAAACUCAGAGGAUUUCUUACAAUACACAACACUAAACUACCACGGUACAUGAGCUUACAGUGUUUGGUCUGUACAGACAUUUUAUGAUGCGUGAAUGAAGUCUAAUGACUCAACAGGUAAUUCAAUAAAUGUCUGAAACCUUUGUUGAUAAGCAGCUUUCAAAGUUUUUUCAAAGACAACUUCAUAGCAAAGUGAGAAAAUAAAAGUGCGUUUUAGCUUCCUUCAUUUCA